UCCCGCCCACCCCCUUCAGGCGGCCCUGCGGAGGAGCGCCGAGCGCCUGGAUGCUCGCUGGUCCGAGCGGUCGGCGGAGGAGCCGAGCGGCUGACGCUGGGUCACCUCCCGCGGCCAUUUCCCCCUCCCCCUUGUCCCCUUCCUCUUUCCUUCUUCCUUCCUCCCCUUCCCUUCCCCCGGCCUAGUUCUUCCCGGGCGGGCCCAGCCCUGCCUGGCCUGGCACCGAAGGGCACCAGAAGUCUCUCGGCGGACGCUCAGGUGAUAUAUAUCAACCUUUUAAAGUUGAGAAAAGGAUAACAGCUUUUUGAGUAACAAAGAUGCCUCCUAAAUUCAAGCGCCACCUAAAUGAUGAUGAUGUCACUGGUUCCGUGAAAAGUGAAAGAAGAAAUCUUCUAGAAGAAGAUUCAGAUGAAGAAGAGGAUUUUUUCUUAAGAGGCCCAUCUGGACCAAAAUUUGGACCUCGGAAUGACAAAAUUAGACAUGUACAGAAUCAGGUGGAUGAAGUAAUUGAUGUCAUGCAAGAAAAUAUUACAAAAGUGAUUGAAAGAGGAGAAAGACUGGAUGAACUACAAGACAAAUCAGAAAGCUUAUCAGAUAAUGCAACAGCUUUUAGCAACAGAUCAAAACAGCUUCGAAGACAAAUGUGGUGGCGUGGAUGCAAAAUGAAGGCCAUCAUGGCUCUAGUUGCUGUUAUCCUUUUGCUGGUGAUUAUCAUUCCUAUUGUUCUGAAAUACCGGACUUGAUUCAGUGACCAGAGAUCGCCAAUAAAACUGUUCUGGGACAAGUUUAAAAAAAAAAAGAAGACGAUUGCUGCAUAAUUUAAGAAAUAUGUAUAUGACUUUCAAAAGUGUUUUUUCCCAAGAAGUAAAAAGAGGCAAGUGUCCAGUUCAGAUUGGAGCAUUGACAAGUUCCUGAUUAGCCUCCUCCCUUUCACUAAAAUAUGCUCUCAUUAAUUUAUUUUUAAAACAGAAACAUCUACUUUGCCAUAUUGUAGGAGUCUAAUUUGAAACUAGAUACUUGCCAAUACGUUAUUUGUAUAUAGAGUUAAACAUUGAUGAUGAUAUUUAUAAUUUAACACAAUUUCCUACUGUAAACUAGAGAGGUGGGGAUUUAUUGCAUCAAGUUCAGGGAUAGGGUGGGACAUAAGAGAUGAAACAUUAUGUAAAAAGGGAUGGUAAUGAUUCAGUUAAUAAUUACAAAAUGUAUACUUUUUCUCAUGUAAAAACAUUAGAUUUUGGAAAUGGCUUCCAUAUAUUUAUGGAGAAACUAAUGUUUUCAAUAUUGCUACUUUCAACUGUGACUAAAGACAUUCCAGUAAACCUAUUUUGCCUGUA